AUGGGGCGAAGAAAGCUUCCAAUUGAAAAGAUAGAGAACAAGACUAACAGGCAAGUGAGCUAUUCUAAGAGGAGGAAUGGCCUCCUCAAGAAGGCAUAUGAGCUCUCUGUUCUCUGUGAUAUCAAUAUCGCUAUUAUCAUAUUCUCUGAAAAUAACAAGCCGUGCUUUUUCUCUGGGAAAAAGAGGAUUGAGCAAGUUUUUGAACAAUAUAUAAACCUUCCUGUGCAUGUACGAGGAAGGCUUCAAAAUGAAGAAAGUUUCAUAGAAGAUCUCAUGAAGUUGAGGUCUGAAGACGAUUUAGCCUCUCAAUUAAGCGGGAUUUUUGAAGGCGAACCUAUUAGGAUCACAUCACUAGCAGAGGCAGAACACUAUGAACGUAUCCUUGAAGAUACAUUCGAGAGGUUAAUCAAUCGCAAACAUGAAUUGGAAGGACCUAGCGUUGGACCUCACAACCCAACAAAUUCACAUACAUAUUUUCAUGGAGAGAGUUCAAAUGCUCAUGCACUCCUAGAAACUGAUUCAACUCAUAUUACGGAUUGGUUAUCGCCAAGAGAAAUACUCUCCCCACUUCAGAAUUUUAUGGAUUCCAACUCCCGGCUCUCCUUGAGGGAUCAUCCACAUCCAAUGGUUGAAUGCUUACCCAAUUUAUCUGUGGAUUCUUUAAUUAUAAAUGUAAAUGCAUUGAACCUUGCUGAUCAAGUUGGGUUAAACAAUGAGAGCAAUCGAGUGGAAGUGGACGAUGAGUUUGCUCAAGUUGAGACUACAACAUCUCAGGAGCCUGAAACUUGCACUGCCACAACACUUGCUAUUCAUCCUCUCACAAUGUGA